AUCGAAUGCACGGAGAGGGUUUGAUGGCCCAAAAUGGUACCGCAGGGACUGGAGCAGUCACCUGGCCCCGCCGAGGUCACUUGCCUCUGUUCUCGUCUUCCUCUCUUUCCAACUCCCAUCUCUCUCGACCUCAACGACCACGACGACCACGACGACUGACAGUACCACCUCCGUGUGUCCUGAGAGGCCUGAAUCACGCAGCAACGGCUUCCUCACAUCUUUGAGUCGAAGGCUGUGACGCCACCACCAACUACCAAACCCAUUCACCUCCUGGGUCCUGGAAGGUUUGACGAAUCAUCGGGCACCGUGUGUAGCGAGGUGACCCAGGAGUUCGAAGACCUGCCUGUGUACCAUGUCCACCCGUCCGACUCGCUCCGCGAGUAUCCCUAUUCCCUCAAGCACACCCUCAGCGGCGCGUAACCUCGAGGAUGUACUCUCCAUACCCUUCGUCCGACAGCCAUCAAGCGGUGCUGCCUCCCGACCCCGGCGUGCCAGUGGCGUCUCACACAGCCCAGACGAGCAAAGGCUCCGAGGCCCUAGCGUGAGUCCCGUGCGCAGUACUAUUAGCACCUCGCCUUCGAGGCCGUUGGUGGGCAGCUACUCGUCAGCCCUUAGUCGCGCGACCGCACAGCGAGUGGGCACACCGACUAACGCCGACCUCUCCGCCCCGACCUUCCAGCCCCGCAUCAUCCGAGCAGCGAGCAACCCUACGCCGUCGCGUGACCCUAUUGCUUGUCUUCCUGGGGCUGCACCAGCACCAUCUACGUCUCCCGUACGUUCCCAUCGCUUGGGGGAUCGCCCGAGCACGACAACCGUUGCGCCGCGUCUCUCUGCCUCCCUCUCUGCGGGCUCUCGUGUGCACCCCUCCUUCACCCACUCUGCGUCUGCCAAUACAGUCCCGACUACCGCGGUACAGGCCUUUCCUCGGCCGACCUACCUCGAAUACUCUGCUCUGCGCGACUUCUUGCACACGGACACACCCGCGAUCGUGCCUCCUGCACGUAAUGCUACGAUCGUACCGCAUCCUUUGACUCCCGUCGUUGCUCCCCAACCAUACCCAUACUUGCGUCGAUCCUUGACGCCGGCCGACAGCGACUCCGAAAACACCCCGAGUCCUAGUCCGCCUCCUCACGACACUGCAAGCACCGCCAACAACAGUCUUGGAGCUCUCUCUGCAAACCCGGUGCUGAGACUUCCAACCAGAUGGAGCGAGCAGGACCGCAGCACUGUGCUCACGAUUUCCCCAGACGGACAGGAGGUGACGUUCCACGGACCAUCAUGCACGGGGGAGAAGGACUCGGCUGCCGCCCGCGCGAAUUUCGCGAUCCCACCAGCGUGUGGGAUCUACUAUUACGAAGUUGAGAUCAUCCAGCGUGGACAGAAGGGACACAUCAGUAUUGGCUUCUCCGCGGGCAACGUCCGCCUCUCGCGACUCCCUGGCUGGGAGCACGGGUCGUGGGGAUACCACGCAGACGACGGGUGGUGCUUCGCGGGCACGAAGGACGGCACGCCAUACGGCCCUACAUUCGACUCCGGGGACGUCAUCGGGUGUGGGAUCGACUUCAGCCAGCACCGCGCGUUCUACACGAAGAACGGCGCGUUCCUCGGGAUGCUGUUCGAGAACAUCCCGACGGCGACCGUCCCGCUCUUCCCGUCCGUCGGCAUGCGCCACACGACCGAGUCUGUGCGCGCCAACUUCGGCCAGGUCCCCUUCCGCUUUGCCAUCGCGGACCAUGUGCGCAACCAGCGCGAUGCGGUGUGGGGAGAGAUCAUGCGCGUCCCGAGUCAGCUGCCAGAUGCGGGCAAGGAGCAUGAGAGCGACGCGGAGGCGAAGGAACUGAAGGCCCGCAUGGAAAGCGCGGCUGAGGAAGAGACGCGGGCGACGCUCAGGAAGCUCGUCAUGGACUACCUUGCGCAUCAUGGCUUCGCGCGCACGGCGACAGCGUUCCGCGACCAGUGUGCUAAGGAUGAGGGUAUGAGCACCUCGACCUCCGACGCAUCGACGAGGGAGCUGGCUGAGUCGGCGAUGGACACCGACGAGGGUCCACAAGCGGGCCCGUCUAGCAUCGUGCAUCGAUAUGGCUCUGAGUCCACACUGAGCGUAGAGGGCUCCGAUGAGAUUGAUAUCGCAGACGUAGAGACACGCGACCUGCAGACGCGCCUGUCGAUCCUGCAAGCUGUUCGUGGUGGCGACAUCGACCGCGCACUGGACGAGCUGAAGGCGUACUACCCGCAGGCGCUGAGCGCGCAGGACGGACUGCUGCUCUUCCGCCUGCGCUGCCGCAAGUUCGUGGAGCUCGUCCUGAAGGCGGGUGCCGCGCUACGCAAGGUGAAGGAGGUGGAGAAGGAGCUGGGCGAGAAGGAUCCGGACGCGGAUGGGUUACCCCCGCCGCCGCCGCCCGCGGUGGGAGGGAUGCCGGACGACACCGCGUUGGAUGGAGAGGGCGCGAUGGAGGUGGACGACCCAUCGCCCGAGGCCCUCUCCACGUCCACUGUCCGCGAUCUGUCCACUGGCGCUCUGCUCUCCGCCCCCGCCGCCGCUCCCGUCGCCCCCAUUACGCCGUCUGGCGCGCAGCUCCUCGCGGACGCGGCGCGGGACGCGCUGCACACCGCGCUGGCGUACGGUCAAGCCCUGGAGGCGGACUACAAGUCUGAUACGCGGCCGGCGGUGCAGACGCACCGCCUGCGCACGUUUGGGCUGGUCGCGUACGAGGACCCCGAGAAUGCUGGUGGCGAAGUGGCUGCGCUCGCGGGGCAGGACGCCCGGGUGCAGCUGGCUGGUGAGGUCAACCAAGCCAUACUGCAAUCCCAAGGGCGCCCGGUGCAUCCUGCCCUCGAGACACUCGUCCGUCAAGCGGGGGCGUGUGUGGUUCAACUGGGCCUCCUCGGUGUGGGCCACGCCGCCUUCGCGGACGUGCGCCAGGAACUUCUGGAAGCUUGACCUCGCUGCUGCAGUUACUGUGUGGCGACUUGACGGUGUAGUUGUGCUGUUGUACGAUGUAUUUGACGGACGCCGGGAAUGCUAAGAAAUAAGGGGCAGCGUGUGUAGCGUAGAGUGUACUAAUUCCAGCCCGUGUACUGUUAGUGCUCUGAAAUAUAUCCAGGUCUUUGAAA